AUGGACACUGACGCUGAUAUUUGGUCCAGCCAAGAUGACUUUGAUACGGAUCCAACUCUAGUUACAGAAUACCAGGCCGAGAUAUUUGCUUACAAGAAGGAAUUAGAGAUAAUCCAUCUUCCUGAUCCGAAUUACAUGAGUAGACAACAUGAUCUAAGCUGGAAUUAUAGAGUUCAGCUGAUUGAUUGGAUUAUUCAAGUUCAUGAUCGUUUCGAUCUGCUACAGGAAACCAUGCAUCUCUGUGUGAACUACCUGGAUCGCUUUUUAUCCCGAGUUGUCAUUCCUGUCGACCAACUUCAGCUGGCUGGUACAGUUGCCUUACUGCUGGCCUCCAAAUAUGAGGAGAUUCAAUCACCUGCCAUUGAGGUAUUGUCCCACUUGGGUGGAGAUGUCCACGCGCCAGCGAGGAUACGUGAAGCAGAAAUUGGGAUGCUCAAGGCGCUCAACUAUGACAUGGGAGCUCCCGGGCCAAUGAGCUUCUUGCGGAGAAUCUCUCGUGCGGACAAUUACGAUGUUGACAUUCGUACACUUGCUAAAUACCUUAUCGAUGUAACUUUGUGCGAUCAUCGUUUUAUUGGAUUCCCAUCGAGUAUGAUUGCUGCUGUAGGCUAUUGCGCUUCCAUGCGACUAUUAUUCCGUGGAGAAUGGACAGCACAGCAUGUUCACUAUUCCGGAUAUACUGAGCCCAUGCUAGCUACUGGUAUCAAUAUGCUACUCGUCAUGCUGGAGCAGCCUACUCAGACACAUCAAGCCCUGUUCAAGAAGUACAACGAUGAGCGAUACAUGCAUUCGAGUCAAUAUGUUCAUGGUCUUGGCCACAGUAUCCUUAGAUCACUACACAGCAAAAUCCUCGCUCACUAG